AAAUAAUAAAGUCGGAGUUAUUACAACAGAUUCAUGCAAUGAUGGGAACAUCCUCACAUUCUCAUCAACCCUACGCGUCCCAAUCCUAUGCGACACCGACAUACAACACAACCCCAGCGCACGUUACUAACAUGCGCCAACCCCCCUCUCUCUGCACAAUUCACUCCCUCAAAUCCUAGAUUCCUCUCUCUCUCUCUCUCUCCGCCAAAUCUCGUUCCCAUUUAAGAGAGCAUCAAAUUCAAUCAAACACUGCUACUUCUCAUCCAUUCAAUCACGUUUUCUUUUUCUCUCCCUUCUAACUGCUCCUUUCUUUUUCUUGUGAUCCUCUUUGGUUGUACACUUCUCAUGUCUUGUUCUUUUGAGCUCUCAGAUUACUCUGUAUUCAGAAUCUCUGUUAUUAGGUUUAGGUUUUUGUGAUUUGGCUCUGUGUCCUAUGAAUUGAUUGAGUCAGCGGUUUUCAAUUGCAAUGCGAUGAGAAGACGCUCUGACCAAACGGAGAAGGGGGCACCAAAGAAUCAGAAUCCCCGCCUUUGCUUUUUGGCAUCCCUUUCUGCUGUCUUCUGGUUUUUGCUCCUUUACUUCCAUUUUGUGGUGCUUGCAAGAGAUAAUAACAAUAGCAAUAGCAAGAGUAAUUACAAUACUGAUGUUGAUCAGCACUCAACCCUGUCCACAACACCUGUCUCCCUUCAUUAUCAACCUGCCCCGAUCCAUGUAAUGGAUUCCCCUCAAGUGCAGGCCCCUCCUAGGAAGAUUGGGUUCCCUCAGCCUGAGGUGCGACGUAGUGACACUCACACCGAGAAGAGUUUCCCUUUCAUGCCAGCAAUGAGAGCUGCUGAAAACAAGAGUGAUCCCUGUGGGGGGAGGUACAUUUAUGUGCAUGAUCUUCCCUCCAGGUUCAACGAGGAUAUGCUGAAGGAAUGCAGGAGUUUGAGUCUUUGGACUAAUAUGUGCAAGUUCACCACCAAUUCUGGCCUUGGUCCGCCCCUUGAGAAUGUUGAAGGGGUCUUCUCUGAUACUGGAUGGUAUGCUACCAAUCAGUUUGCUGUUGAUGUUAUAUUCAGCAAUCGGAUGAAACAGUAUGAAUGUUUGACAAAUGAUUCCUCUGUUGCUGCUGCGGUUUUUGUACCCUUCUAUGCUGGAUUUGACAUUGCGCGCUAUCUUUGGGGUUAUAAUAUUUCAAUGAGGGAUGCAGCUUCGCUUGAUCUGGUUGAGUGGCUCAUGAAGAGGCCAGAGUGGAGCAUAAAUAAUGGCAGAGACCAUUUUCUUGUUGCAGGAAGGAUAACGUGGGAUUUCAGGAGACUGUCUGAGGAAGAAUCAGAUUGGGGCAAUAAGCUUUUGUUUUUACCAGCGGCAAAGAAUAUGUCCAUGCUUGUGGUUGAGUCCAGUCCUUGGAAUGCGAAUGAUUUUGGGAUUCCGUAUCCUACAUACUUCCACCCAGCCAAGGAUGCUGAUGUGUUCAUUUGGCAGGAUAGAAUGAGGCAACUAGAGAGGAAGUGGCUUUUCUCCUUUGCUGGUGCUCCCCGUCCUGGCAACCCCAAAUCAAUCAGGGGUCAGUUAAUUGAUCAAUGCAGAAGGUCAAAGGUUUGUAAGCUGUUGGAAUGUGAUUUUGGAGAAAGCAAAUGUCACUCUCCCGACAGCAUAAUGAAGAUGUUUCAAAGCUCGCUUUUCUGCUUGCAACCCCAGGGUGAUUCAUACACACGAAGAUCUGCUUUUGACUCAAUGUUGGCUGGUUGUAUACCCGUCUUCUUCCAUCCUGGCUCAGCAUAUACACAGUAUACUUGGCAUCUUCCCAAGAAUUACACCAAGUAUUCUGUCUUCAUUCCAGAGGAUGAUAUCCGUAAGAGGAAUAUCAGUAUAGAGGAAAGGCUUAGUGAGAUACCUCCUGAACAAGUGAAGAUCAUGAGAGAAGAGGUCAUUAGUCUCAUUCCAAGGCUAGUAUAUGCUGAUCCUCGCUCCAAAUUAGAAACUCUUAAAGAUGCAUUUGACGUUGCUGUACAAGCAGUAAUUGACAAGGUUACAAAUUUGAGGAAGGACAUCAUUGAAGGUCGCACACAUGACGGCUUCAUUGAGGAGAACAGUUGGAAAUACGCUUUGUUGCCUGAGGGAGAGCAUGAGGUGGGACCUCAUGAAUGGGAUCCUUUCUUCUCCAAACCAAAGGAUGGUAGUGGAGAUUCCAAUGAUUCGUCUGCUGAAGCUGCAAAAAAUUCUUGGAAGAAUGAGCAAGUAAAUCAAUCAUAGAGUAAAGAAGGGGUUAAAAAACUGCAGGGUGCUGCAGUUAGGCUCAAUGCAGACUCCGAAAUGAUUUGAAUUGGGGAGGACUUACAAAUUAUUACUAGGUCUUGCUGUGAACUUAAUGCUGAAUAUGUCUAAGGACAAGUUUCCCCAGUGAAACCCCCAAUAUAGAGACAUAUUCUUUUGCUUUACACAUUUUUGUGUUAUAGAUUUUUUCUGAUUUCUGCUUCGUGUAUUCUCCUCACUCAGUGGUUCGUAGAAUGCAUUGGGAGGUUUAAUAAUUCCUUUCAUGUAAUAGUUUCAUUCAUUUGAUUCAUAUAGGAAAUAUAAACAUUUAUUACAAUUAAUGGUAAA